UCAUUCUCUCCCACCCAGCAAGCAAGGCAGCUUUCACUUUAUUUUGUUGUUCCUUUCACUUCUGGUUUCUGGGUUUCUGUGCUUUCUUCACCUUGAGAUCUGCUCAUCCAAAAUGGGCUUUUCUCAAGACACUUUGAGAGGCUCCAGAGAGCCCCCCAAUGCUAAUGCACCAUACACUUGCUCCUCCAUAGUAGUCUCAGAUCACUACUGCCACCACAAUGAGGCCACAGUCAGGACCAUGGUGAAGAAGAUGCUUAGAGAGUUUGGCCUGUCCUGCUUUCUUCCUCCUCCACCCCCAGAAACUAGAACCACCCAGAAUGAACAUGAUGAUGACGACGACGGCAAUGGCAACAAGAAGAUGAAUUUGGAGCACAACAAGGCGUGGCUGCUUGCAGAGUCUGGUGGGUGUGGAGGAGCUGUCUUGACUGGUGCUGAUCCACACUCGGUUCACUCCUCUUUCAGGUUCAGCUUCUGCUCUCAAGUUGAGCUUGAGUCGUUGAACAUGACCUCUUCCUCUGCUGCCACUGUUCUCAUGGUCAAUUUGGACAAUGGCUUGUGCGAGUCUAAAGCUAAGGAAUUGAAAUGGAGGAGAUUCGAGUCUUUAGAGAGAAACAUUUCCCCAAUGGCCAGCACUCUGGUUAGAUUCAGCUAUGCCGAUAUUCGUGCGGCCACUCGCAAUUUCUCACAAGGCAGAGUUUUGGGGAGAGGAGCUUUGAGCUGUGUGUUUAGGGGUAGAGUUGGGAUUUUGAGGACAGUUGUGGCAGUUAAGCGAUUAGACAAGGAAGAUAAGGAGUCUUCUAAGGCGUUUUUUAGGGAGUUAAUGAUUUCUAGCUCUCUUGGAAACCCAAAUGUAACACCUCUUUUGGGGUUCUGCAUAGAUCCAGAGGAAGGCUUGUUUUUGGUUUACAAGUAUAUCUCUGGGGGAAGCCUAGAGCGUCACUUGCAUGAGAAGAAGAGGGGAGUGCAGGGCUCUUCAAUGCUUUCUUGGUCUGUAAGGCACAAGGUUGCAAUAGGAAUAGCAGAGGCAAUUGCAUAUCUGCAUAAUGGAACUGAAAGGUGCAUUGUUCACAGAGACAUCAAACCCUCGAACAUUCUCCUCUCUUCGAAGAAAACACCCAAGUUAUGCGAUUUUGGAUUAGCCACAUGGACUUCGGCACCUUCGGUUCCUUUCCUUUGUAAAACGGUGAAAGGAACAUUUGGUUACUUGGCUCCCGAGUAUUUCCAGCAUGGAAAGAUAUCAGAUAAGACUGAUGUUUAUGCUUUUGGUGUUGUCUUGCUGGAGUUGAUAACGGGAAGGAAGCCAAUUGAAGCAAGAAGGCCUCAAGGAGAAGAAAAUCUGGUUCUCUGGGCAAAACCUCUCUUGCAUAAAGGUAAAGGAGCUAUCGAGGAGUUGCUUGAUCCUCACCUACAAUGCACUUCGACAAACUCAAAUCAAAUAGGGCGGAUGAUUGAAGCUGCAGCUGCCUGUAUCACUAACGAAGAAUCUAGGAGGCCACACAUUGGUGAGAUAAUUACAAUACUUAAAGGGGAAGAAGAGCCUAUUUACUCCAAGAGAAAGAAGUCUGGUUUUCUGGGAAAUGGCUUGGUCAUUGACUGUUAUUCACAAUUACAGCAAACAAAUAGUGAGAUGAAGAGUCACCUAGCUUUGGCCAUGCUUGGAGUUUCUGAGCUUGAGGAUGAUGAUCACCUUUAUGGGCGUUAGACUAGAUGUCCGCUCGUUUAGAUCAUUUUGUUAUCCCUGCAAUAGAUGUAUUGUUGCUAGUUUGAAAUUUGAACUGUGCUAGAAACUGAUAACUGAAAGGACUGGAGUGGUAGAAAAUUGUCGAUAGAAAUAGGGGAAUAUGAGUAUAUUUGUGUGUGUGUGUGUGUGUGUACAUAUCUUCUAAAUUCAGCUCCUCUAACAAUGGAAGGGAUAAUAGAUUUUUGUUCCAGUCUUGUUUCGCUUCCAUGAAAUUUCCCUUGAGUAGCUUGUUGCUUUAGAUAUUGCCACAUUUGCGCC